UAUUUUGCUUCUGCACUCAUUAUCGCUAUCACUAUGACUUUUUUGUUAUCACCUUUAGUUUUUUCAAUCAUCUCUAUCUUCAGAGUGCCAGGAACAGCAGUUGGCGGCGAUUGGUUAUGGCAACCCAUCGAAGGUUUCCGUUUACAGCGGUUUCGUUCCUUUGUGUACCGUGGACGGAAGCUUCGUCAACCAGCAAUGUGACCAGAAUACAGGCGAUUGCUGGUGCGUCGAUAAGGCCGGCGUGGAACUGCCAAACACUCGCACUCGACCGGGAGAAUUGAAGCUAGAUUGCGACGCGAUUCUAACUGAACCAACCGUGGCCAAUGUAAUUGAGCCUCAGUGUGACGUUAAACCUGAAGUCGGAAAGUGCAGUGACAAGAUUCAGCGUUGGUACUUCGAUGAACAGCAGAACAGAUGUAAGAAGUUCGAAUACAGCGGCUGCAGUGGCAAUGGCAACAACUACGAGACGGAAAGGGAAUGCAAACUUUAUUGCCUGUCGGAAAUCGAUCUGAUCUGCGGAGACAAUCAGUACCCGCUCGAGGACAGAGGAGAGUUGGCGGCGAAUCUGCUGGCAUCUAAAAAGAUGUGCAGCAUGCCAAAGGACCGCGGUAACUGCACCAAGUUCGAGCUGCGUUUCUAUUACGAGUCAUCCACUCGAGAGUGCAAGCACUUCUUCUACGGUGGUUGUGGCGGCAACGCUAACAACUUCAAAGAGUUGCUGCAUUGCCAACGUUACUGCAUGGUCGAUGCUGAUAAGACGUCCCCUUCAUCGACCACCGAGAUGCCGUCUACCACCAUCAGAACCAAGACGCCGUUGAUCGGUCGUCCUUCGUCGCCCAGACAACAGAUCUCAUCGAAAACAAUGCAGAAGCCACAACAUCAGCUUGAUGCUGACGUCUGCAAACACCCGCAAGACCCUGGAACCUGUAAUGAACGUUUCAUUCGAUGGUACUGGAACUCUUCGCUUAAAGCUUGCGAAGUUUUCACAUAUUCCGGAUGCAAGGGCAACGGCAACAACUUCGGUUCCAGGGAAGAUUGCCAACAGAAAUGCGAACCAACGAAGCAACCCGAGAGCAACGAACGAACGGAAGGAAGUCAGCAGCACAGCACUCAGACUGUCACCGUGGCGUCUAUGGCCGAAAAAUGUUUUCUACCUAUGGUGAGAGACCCGGGGCCAUGCAAAGAGCCCGGUUUGGUACGGUGGGGUUUUGACGUCAACACAAGACGUUGCAACAGUUUCCAGUAUGGUGGCUGUGCCGGGAACUCGAAUCACUUCUUUUCUCUUCAGGAAUGCGAAUUGUACUGCAGAGAAUUUAGUAGGUUUUACAAUAGUAAAACGCAAAACUGCGAACCAUUCAUCUAUGGCUCAUGCGGGGGCAAUCAGAACAACUUUGAUACUGAAAGUCAGUGUCACAACCGUUGUAUGAAAGGUAAAGCGAUUUUGCCAACCAGUACUGUACUCCUGCUUAAACUGUAUUUUUUAGAAUCAGGAAUGAUGGGCAUCACCGUCCCACCGGUGUGUUCUCUCGACCAGGAUGCGGGGACGUGCAAAGAGUACAACGUCAAGUACUAUUACAAUCGACGGAAUAUGAAAUGUGAACUGUUUGUGUAUACCGGAUGCGGGGGCAACGAUAACAAAUUCGAAACCCAGCAGGAAUGUUGUGAAACCUGUCCAGGUCCUCGCCAGCUUUCGCCAUUUUGCACAAUGCCAAAAGUCGUAGGCACCUGCAGAAAUUCUCAUCUUCGUUGGUACUUCGAUCAAGCGUCACAGUUCUGCAAACUGUUCUAUUUUUCUGGUUGUGGGGGAAAUGGAAACAACUUUGCCACUAAACUCGAAUGCGAAAUGAACUGCAAAGAGUGUAAGUGAUC